AAAUAACCUACGUACGAGGUUACCCUUCAGUAUGUAAGACUUUUUGCGGGAAAAUUGUACCAUAAUGCCCUCUGAAACAAUUAAAUAUAUUGUUUCAUUUUCCUCUCAGGAUGAGAGGCAUCCAGUCAGUAACUUGUUGAAAAGUGACGGAUUAAAAAAAUGGUUGAGUCAUCCCCAGGAAAAGUCAGGACAGAUUGAGGCAGUCUUUCAGCUGGACAGACCGUGCAUUAUUUCCUACAUUGACAUAGGCAGCGUGUGGUGUGCCACAGUUGAGGUGCAGGUGGGGUGCUCUCAGUGGCCCGCUGGGAAGGAGUAUGAGACCCUUGUCUACACUGUCAACCUUAUGACCCCUGCAGACUGUCUAUAUGGAAAGAAUCCAAUCAAAACACAGAUGUUUUCUGCAGACCUGUUUUGUCCGGAGAUCGCCCGUCUGCAGUGGGACAGAGUGAAAGUUAUAUGCCGACAGCCUUACAAGAAGAUGACCCAGUUUGGCCUCUCAUUUAUCCGUUUCAAGUCCAGCAAUGUCCCUGUCUCAUCAGAGCCAGAAGUUGACUCGAUACAGAAUACGUUGUCCACAUCAGUAAAAGACAUUCAGAAGCAUUUUCUUAAGAAACUGGACAAUGGAAAAAACAAUGCUGAUGACCAUUUAAAAUCUCGCCUCCUGAAGAUCUCAGCAAGUGGUGAGGGAGGGGGGUCACUUUCCCGCACAGCUCGCCUGGUUCUGGCUGCGUCAGAGAGCAAACACCAUCGAUCAUUCAGCGUGCCUAAACCCUCCACAACACGAGACAGAGCAGCGCUGUACUCCAGCAUGUUGGAGCAGAAAAAGGCUCCAAAGCUGGAAGAUGAGAUUGCCAAGUUCCAUGGAAGUUUGAGUCUGGAGCGCCAACAUUUGGACACAAUCACAAUGGCAGAUGUUCGACAUCAAUUUGAGAGAAAAAUUAAAAGAAAAUUGACUAAAGAAGAAAAGAGAGUAUUUAUCCAAAUGACGCAAACUUUCCUUGAGAAAAUGUUUUGUAGUCAAGAAAUAGUCCCAGAAGGGAAAGAGAAUGGAAGCAAUACAAAAAUAAAACUGAAUCAAAACCCUUUGGAAGCAAUAGGGAAACCAGAUGGGGCUGUUCAGGAUGUUCAAAGGGAGAGAACUUCAAGUGUAAAACGUAAACUAGAGCAGGACGCAGUUGCUCCUCCUGCCAAGAAAUCUUCAAUGCUGCAAAAAACCGUGAGGCAAAAGAUGAAAACUGCUGAAAUCGAGGGCAAAUGUGCUGAAACGAAGGACAUUGUGACUCAACUUAAAGUGGCAAAGACAUCCCAGGACCAAGGUGUAAGCUGCACUCGCAACCCAUCUGGCACACCAUUUCAGUACAAGGGGAUUCGGGGUGGAGAGCUGGAGGAGUUUCCAAACUCCAGGACUCCUUUCAAGAGCAAUGCUGUAAACAACACCAUCAAUGAUAUGCCUUAUACGAGCACACCAAAACCUAAUGGAACACCUAGUAUAAGCACACCAAAACCCAAUGGUCCAUCAAGUCCAAACACCCCAAAACACAAUGGCACACCAAGUACAAAUACAUCAAAUCCAAAUGGAAUGCCCAGCACGAGCACACCAAAACCUAAUUUUCCAAAAGUCAGCAGUGCAAAGAGCAUGGUUCCAGCUGCCAGUUUUACUUUUGAUGAAGGUUGGUUGAAUGCUUCUGCUGGCCCGGCAAAAUCCACACUAUCACCAAGCUGUGCUGAUAUCUCACCUAUAACAAAGCCAGUUAAGAGGUGCUCGUCUGCUGCUGCAAGGCCUGAUUUCUUGGAACUGCUGUCUAGCAGUGAUGAUGAUGAUGAUGAUGACAUCAUGAUGGGGCUGGAGAAUGCAGUCAGUCGCAGUCAGAAGGCCAAGUCAGGAGGUUCCACCAGGGGUCGAGGAAGGGGAAGAGGUCGAGGCAAUUCUUAUCAAGGGUCAAAGGGCACAGGUGUGGCCACUCCUAAAACAAGAGGCCGUGGGCGGGGCAGAGGUGCAAGGGGCCCAGAAAAAGCAAAGCCUUCAGACCAGGAAGUUGUUGCUGGUUCCUAUUUUCAUGAAGUUCUUCCCUCUCCUGUUGGUGAAACAUCUAGCACUGAGAGAUUUCCAAAAGGCUUUGCCAAGUGUCAUGGCUGCAAAGAAUUCUACGGACAAGCUUUGCUGUUGGCCCAUCAGAGAAAAUGUCCAGCUCUCAAACUGAUAUCUGAAAAUAAGAGCCAGUCAGUUGAUACCAUGGCGCAAGUAUGCAGUGCUGGCAUUGAUGUGUUCACGUCUCCUGUUGCUAUGCAACAGAAAGACAUAUGUAGCAAAGAAGUCAGACCAACCAGCUUUGAAAAAUGCGAGGGCUGCAAUGACUACUACGGAGCAAACUUAAUGACCAUACACCAAACUAAAUGUGCUAGAUAUCAGAGUCUCCAUGGUAGCAAGUCUGGUACCAAGCAACCCGUCACAACGACCGUUAUGAGCAGUAGGGGUGAUCCGAAUUUGUUUUCUACUCGGAAUGACACCUGUGGUGUUAAAUCUCCACCCUGGCUUGACGCUGCUGAGAAGAGACUUCAACUACAAGGCAAGCCCGUAGAUACAAGUUCUAGUCAUUUACAGAGAGAUAGUCAAUGUGGAACAGGUUUAAACCAAUCUCACUCAUCUAAAAAUCUGGCCAGUAAUUAUUCAAACAGUCUGCAGUCUACAGUUCAGAGUCAGAACCAGUUUGUUGCAGUUGACAUAAGUGAUGAAAGUGACGAUGAUGAUGUCGUGAGUUCAGGGUCAAAUCCUGCGCUAAGAGAUGACGCCAUGGAUGCUGCUGUGAGGGGAGAUAUAGAUCUGGGCAGUAUAGAGGUGGAGUGCCCACUGUGUGGAGAGUACUACCCUAGCUGUAUCAUCGAGAGACAUGCAGCAACAUGUGGGCUAUAGGGUGUUAUAAAGUCAGAUUUUAUUUGUAUCGUUUUAGCCUUCGACAUUUGUGUACCUUCGUGUUUUGUUAUAUAUUCCACAUAUAAGUUCAUCAAUAUGCAAUAAAAAUGUUGUAACAAUUUAA